AUGAGUCUGCCUCGAAACAUAUCGGCACGAAGAGAGUCGAUUGCAAAACUCACUCGGCCCGCCUUCAACUCGUCUCCCUUGGGAAUGUCGCCCCACCACUCAAUCGCCGGGCUGUACCUGGCCAACUCUGCAUUUUUGAAGCACGAGGAUGAUUUCAUAGGUGGAGCGUCAGAACAGCCCUCGAGAAAUUCCCCAGCGUCUAAUCUCUCACCUCGGUCCACAUCUGUGGGGCCAGAGAGCGCAAUCCAAACAGAUUUGUCUGCUGUGGAUCAGAGAGUUCUCGAGAGUGCCAAGAAGUACUUGAAGACCGAUGAGGAGGCUAGUUUGGCUGUCGAAGGAGCAGAUAUCACCAGAGACAUAUAUAAAUUCCGUUCGGAUAAAAAGCAAGUAAAAAGGUCUCGGAGCUUCUCUCUGAUAGACCAGGUUUCUCACAGAAGAGGCCUGAGCGCCAGUUCUCUCAAUGUUCCGGGCGGCUUUAGGAGGCAAUUUGUUUUAGAGCACUCCAGAAAGGUCAAGCCAAAUCUAAUUACGCGCAAUUUUGUUGAAUUUCUCAGUAUUUAUGGUCAUUUUGCCGGUGAAGAUUUAGAGGACGAUGACUACGUUGCCUGUCACUAUACACUCAGUAAUCUGAAAGCUGACGAGGAAAGUCCUCUCUUAGGAUCAUCUGGAGGCAGAAUCAAUUCCAACGGAACAGCAACCAACUCGAAGGCAUUGUUCUUACUUGUGAAGGCAUUUGUUGGCACUGGUGUGCUCUUUCUCCCUAAAGCAUUCUCGAAUGGUGGUCUCCUCUUUUCUGCUUUGACACUUUUCGGGUUCGGUUUCCUCUCGUAUUGGUGUUACUUGAUUUUGGUGUAUUCUAAGAUCGCGGUUAAGGUGUCGAGUUUUGGUGAGAUUGGCAGAAUCUGCUAUGGCAAUCAUAUGCAAAGACUCAUCAUAGUCUCGAUUAUUAUUUCUCAAGUGGGCUUUGUGGCUGCUUAUAUUGUCUUCACUGCCGAAAAUUUGCGGGCGUUCGUUGCCAAUGUGACAAGGUACCAAUUGGCUGACUUAGACGUCUUCUGGUUCAUCGCCGCAGAAACAUUGAUUGUGGUGCCCCUCACUUUGAUCCGGGAUAUUACAAAGCUCUCGUUGCUGGCAGUUUUAGCGAACGGCUUCAUCAUGAUGGGUUUAGUGACAAUUGUUUGUUACACUAUCAAGGAAUUUGUGAGCAACAAUCUAGUGCCCGGAGAGGGCAUUCAUUACUUUUUCAAUAAGUCCGAAUUUUCCUUAUUCAUUGGUGUGGCCAUUUUCGCGUUCGAGGGAAUUGGUUUAAUCAUCCCAAUCCAAGAAUCCAUGAUAUACCCUGACGAUUUCCCAAAAGUUUUGUUCUUCGUUAUCAUAACGAUUUCUUCGAUAUUUGUAUUCAUCGGCAGUCUCGGAUACAUGACCUUCGGUGCUCACAUUAAAACUGUCAUUUUGCUCAAUCUUCCGCAAACUUCUCCCUUUGUGAUCAUGAUCCAAAUUCUCUAUGCAUUUGCAAUUUUGCUCUCAACUCCUAUUCAAAUAUUUCCAGCCGUAAGACUCAUUGAGCUGAAGCUAUUCAAGAAAACGCAGUCUGGUAAAGCCUCCGCAAUUGUCAAAUGGCAGAAGAACCUAUCCAGAACCCUCUUUGUGUUAGCAACCAGUGUCAUUGCACUUUAUGGUGGCAAAAAUUUGGACAAAUUUGUUUCAUUUGUUGGAUGCUUCGCAUGUAUUCCCUUGGUCUAUAUGUACCCACCAAUGCUUCACUUGAAGAGCUGUUGCGCCUACACGGGCUCAUAUCGCGACAACAAAGCAAAAUUCUGGUUGGGAGUCUUAGAUUAUGUUCUAAUUUGCAUCGGAGCAACCGCAUUAGUCUACACAACGUACGACAUCCUCUUGCAUUGA